AUGCUUGACGAUUGGGUUUUUCUUUACAUCCCGUUGAUAUUUUGCGUUCUCUCGUUUCUAGUAAACCCAGUGUUCAUCUAUUUGAUUUUCACCGAAAACCCGACAAAAUUCGGUAACUAUCGAUUUCUUCUCUUGUAUUUCGCAUUGUUCAAUUUGAUAUUUUCAAUUAUGAAUGUAGUGGUUCCUUUGGACCUCCAUAGCUAUCGAUAUUGUUCUUUUCUCACGGUGAGAUACGGAUGGUUUUCUGAAGCUUCCGAAUUCAAUUUCCAUAUGUUAUCCAGCCGUAUCUCAUUGGUAGCUGCAAGUUACGCGGUUCUCCUAACCCAUUUCAUCUAUCGGUACCUUGUGAUCCAUAACUCUAGCCUAGCCACACAUAAGUUUCACUGGUAUUUAACAAUAUCGGCAAUCAUUUUUGUUUUAUAUUUUGUGGCGUGGUACGUUAUUUGCUACUUCCCAGCCCGUGCGAAUGUGGAAAUUAGAGAGUACAUUCGCAAAGAAUAUUCUGAAGUUUAUGGAACCGAUUCAAUGGAUUACGAUAUGCUACGAGCAUUGUUUCACGAAGGAUCUUACGAAACUGUUGUCCGGUCUUGGAUAUACAUUAUGUUAUUGACAGCAAUGUCAGUGGCUUCUAUUGUAGCAUUUUUAGUUAUGGCUAGAAUGAUUAUGUACAAGCUGAAUAAGAUGUCCGUAAAUGUUAGCAAAAAGACUUCCAAAUUUCAGUUUGAGCUUCUUCGAGCGUUGGUUGUUCAAACCGUCGUUCCAAUUUUCAUCAGUUUCUUCCCAUGCCUUCUUUGUUGGUACAGUCCAAUGUUCGGAAUUCAGUUGUCAAGAGGAUUCAACUACUUCGAAGUCAGUGCUCUUGGAGUAUUCGCGUUUGUCGAUCCGGUAGCGAUAAUUCUGUGUCUGCCAGUAUUCCGAGAAAGAAUUUUACGAUUUCCCAAACCUGUGGUUGGCGUUGUAGGAAGAACAGAUCUGCAAACUAGUUAA